AAUAAUACUAUAAUAAAUAAAAAUAAACCUUUUUUUAACUACGUGGCUAUGAUGGAAGGAAAAAGAAAAGAACAUAGUAUUGACUUACGUAAACGAGUAAUUUUUAAUAGGGAAAAUGGAUUAUCAAUUAGAAAAGUUGCAAAAAUGUUGAAAAUACCACCAAGCUCUGUUCAAUAUAUAGGGGAAAAGUAUUUAAAAACAAAAUCAGUGGCAAAUAAUGGUGUACGAAGCAGAAAAAGAUCAACAACGCCAAGAGUUGACAGGUGCAUAGUUAGGAAAAUUGAGCAGAAUAGAAGAAAAAAUGCUAGAAAAUGAAUUAAAUAUCAAAUUAUCACCACAAACAAUUAGAAACAGACUGCAUGAAGCCAAUAUUUUUGCACGGAUGCCUUGGAGAAAACCAUUCAUCAGCAUAGUGAACAAGAAAAAACGGUUGCAGUGGGCAAAGGAACAUGUUCUGAAGGAUGAUACAUUCUGGAAUAUGAUUAUUUGGUCAGACGAAAGUAAAUUUAAUUUAUAUGGGGCUGAUGGUGGUGCAAAGGUUUAUAGAAGAGUCGGAGAAGUAUAAAUGUGAAGCGUUUGAAGGCAACAUUUAAAUUUGGUGGUGUAAAUGUUAUGGUUUGGGGCUGCAUGAGUGCGUCCGGUGUUGGCAAAAUUGAAUUUACUGAUGAGAAAAUGGAUCAACACUUAUAUAGGUCCAUAUUAGAACGGAAUUUGGUGGCUUCGGCAGGAAAAUUAGGACCUGGAACGGAAUUUAUAUUACAACAUGACAACAAUCCAAAGCACAAAGCUGGAUCUGUAACCAGAUAUUUUGCUGCAAAUGGCAUUAACGUGUUGGAUUGGGCUGCACAAUCGCCCAAUUUGAACCCUAUGGUCAUCAUUUAAUCAAGAAAUUACAUCUAAACUCCUCUCAUCAAUGAAAAUUUGUUGUAGAGCAGUUAUUGAAGAUAUGAUUAUGCUGAUGAAAUUAAGAAAAUGUUCUGGCGGACCAUGAAAUUAGAUAUUUUGAAAGUUUUAUUGGAAAAGCCAUUGUUUGAUGAUUUUGACUCAGAAAUUGAAUAUCAAUAUCAUUCCACUAUUGAUAAUAUUACUGAAUCAAGUUUACAAAAUGUGAUCUUAUUUUUAAAAAAGAAAACAAGUGUAUUUAUCACCAAACAAAGAAACAGAGUUUAUUGCUGUACUUCCUAGUUUAAUUACAACUCCUAUAAUUGAAAGAUGUGCUUCUUGGGAAGAAGUAAAAACUUUUUCAGAAGCUUCCAAGAGUGAUGUUCCUAAAGAAGACCUUAAUUCAACAUGUGAUGAUUUUGGUAAAAUUGCAAAAAAAUGUUUGAAUCUAAUUAAAACAUGUGGCAAAAUUGAGGUUGAUGCCUCAAAACCAUAAACCAACAAGUACACAAAACCAGCACGACUUUGUUUAUUUUGCAAAGUUCCUCAGACUCGGUUAAAACGCCAUAUUCUUUUAAAGCAUGGUACUGAAAUUUCGUUAUUAUUCUUUUAAAUAUGAACUCUGAAGAUCAGAAUCGUUAAAUAGAAAUAUUUCGAAAGGAAGCUAUUAGAAAUUACAAUGUUUCACUGGUGGAAUCAGGUCAAACAUGUUUUAUUAGAGAAAGAAAGUCUAAAAUACAAAAUAAUGAACUCCCUCUUAUGUGUUGUGGGUGUAAAGGUUUUUAUUCAAGAAAAUAUAAAGCUUGUCACUAACUUGUUUACCAAGGUACAAAUACCAAUCUAAUGAUACCUAUGGUUUCUAAAGCAAGUGAAGAUUAUGAAAAUUAUUCAAAUGAUUUUGUCAACCUUCUAAACACAUUACAACUGGAUGAUAUUGGAAAUUAUAUUAAAACGGACAAAAUCAUUUUAAUGAUUAUUCAGAUCUUAUAGUGCUCUUAAAAGAAAGAAAGAUAAAGUUUCAGAGACUAAAAGAUUGGUUCGUUCACGAAUGAGGUUAACUGCAAGAUUAUACUUAUCUUUUAAAAGUAUCUAUAACAAUCAGAAAGCUGUUAAACUAGAUAACAUCUUAAAUAAUGCAGCUGACAUGUACUGUCGAGAAGUAAUCAAUGGAGAAGCUAUUAAUUCUUUAUCAGAAAAAUCAAAUGAAGAAAAUUUUUCAAUGGUUACUUUUUGGUCAAAAAUGAUGAUUUGAAAUCUCAGAGAGUAGUUGACUUUUUAAAGGUUUUAAAGCUUUAUGAGGAUGAUUUAUUUGGUGAUGCUUAUUAUAAUCUAAAUUAUUGUAAGAAUAUUGAUUUGCGGAAACCAAUUAGUCUCCCAAAUGAAGCAGAUGUUUAACUGCUUAUUGAGGAAAGUAACAAAAUUAUGAAUUCUAGUGAUGAUUUUCAACAUCCACGUGAAUCAUUUGUCACUAUCCGAUCUGCAACUGCCACAUGUUUGACUAUAUUUAAUGCCAGACAAUAAUGAAGAACCAGUGUGGUUACACUUAUUUCAGUGGAAUGAGGCUUUAAAUAAACAAGAUCUGCCUGAAGAAUUUGAUAUUGAGCAAAUGUUUAUCACUUAUCAAACAGGAAAAGGUUCGAAUCACACAAUUCCUGUUCUUUUUCCACCAGAAUGCAUAAAAGCAAUGCGAUAUCUGACAAACAAAGAAGUUAGGAAAAAUGCUGGAAUUCCUGAUGAAAACCAAUAUAUUUUUGCCAGUACCCAAAAAAGCAUGAGCCAUGCUUGUAGUUGGCAUUGCAUAAACAAAAUAUUUAUUCGUUUAGAUAAAAAAGGUGCAAUUAAUGCCACCCAGAAUCGACAUUGUAUUGGUACAAUCUUGGCAAAGCUGGAGCUAUCAGAAAAGGAAAAAACUUUAAUUUAUAAUCACUUUGGACAUUCAGAAAGAAUCAAUCAAAAUUUUUACCAAGCUGCUCCUGGAUCCUUACAAAUAGAAACAACAGGCAAAAGACUAAGAGAUAUUCAAGAAGUGACCAAGGUUAAUCUAACUCCAUUCAAGUCAAUUAUUUCUAAUUCAGCUGAACAAGACUAUAGCACUAUAGGAGAACAUGUAAUACUAACUGACGUUGAGUUGAUAACCAAAAAUGAUAAUAAACUGAAUAGUGGUUUAAAAAUAAGGCCAGUCCUUGAUUUAAAAAAAGUUAUAGAAAGUGAAACUGGAAGAAAAAAGUAUCCUAAAAGAUCUUUCCAUGAAGUUGAUUUUACAAAGAUAUCUGGAAAUGAUAGUAAAGUGGAUGGUGAAAUAAAGAUAAAGCAAGUGCUAAAACUUGAAAAAGGCCGUAAAGAAAUGGAAGUAUUUGCAGAAAAAUUUUGUUUAAACCUCGAACAAAUCAGAACUAGAAUUGUUAAUACUCGAAGAAUAAAACAGAAUUUUCGGAAGAAGACAGUUGCAUUUAUGGGAAUUGACGAGUGCUACUAGGUUGCUUUUAUGCCCUUUGCGGGCUGAUUUGACAAAAAGAAGCCUGCUACCAAACAAUCAAAUGUCAUUUAAUAUCAUUAAAUCUGUAGAUUA